AAGCAAACUGCGAAAGCAUAAUGAAAUUAAACGUGACUUCAUACUCGAAGCUGCUAGUCAAAUAUUUCCCUACCUCUUAUGGAAUCUAAAAGGUCCUACCCAUCUUCACUAGCUCUCGCAACCAAAACACAUCCAAAGCCAGAAGAAGCCCUGAUAAAGCUUCAAAUUUAAUUUUCCCCAUCCUCAUGAGGAUAAUAAUUUUAUUGAAAGCAAUUAAGAAACUAUAACAGAAUGGUCCAAAAUGUUGCAGUCUGGGAUGUUACAAAGAACUAUACUCUUCAGAGGAAGUCUAAAAGUGAAAAACCAUUUCAAAUGUGACUUGGCCCCACAAAACAGCAAUCACCGAGUUACACGUUCAAGAGAAUAACGGCCUGAAGCAAUACAAUUUUAAUUUCUGAUGUCUCAAUAUAAUGUCCAGAUAUGGACAACAUCUUCAUAUCAACUAGUGAAGAUACUUAUUUUCCAUAUCUUGAACAAAAUGCACCAACUGUUAGAAAUCUUGAAGAGGAUGGGAGUAUUAUUUCUGAACCUAUAUCCCCUAGUUCAUCACCAGUAGCUGCAGAUGUACAAACAAUUAGUGUACACAAUCCUGAAGAUUCUUCAGGAUGGAGACACAAUGACUUGUGUUCCAUUUAUGAAAUACCUAGACAAUAUCAACAUAUUUUUGCCUCAUACCCAUGUUUUAAUGCAAUACAGUCAAAAGUUCUGGAUGACGUUCUGUAUUCAGAUACAUCAAUAGUAGUGUCAGCUCCUACUGGUUCAGGGAAAACAGUUAUUUUUGAAUUGGCAGUCAUCAGAUUGCUAAUAAAAUUAAAAGAUGUGGAAUUUACAGGAGAAUACAAAAUUGUAUAUAUGGCUCCUGUGAAGGCCUUGUGUUCAGAGAGAUUCCAAGACUGGAGGUCCAAAUUCUCUUCCCUUGGUGUGAAGUGCAAAGAAUAUACAGGCGACACUGACGAAAACGAUCUAUCUAGUCUCUCAACUUACCACUUGAUCCUAACUACACCAGAGAAAUGGGACUCCCUCACCAGAAAGUGGAAGGACAACAAGGGAAUAGUUCAGAUGGUCAAAUUAUUCCUCAUCGAUGAGGUAGGAAGUUAUGAUGUGGAACAUGUAUUCCCACCAUAACAAAAGGUGCAUCUUCUGAACGAAGAACAGCGUGGUCCAACUCUGGAAGCAGUGGUGAGUCGUAUGAAGACAGUACGGGGGGCUAUUUGUCACACACAACGACAAACACAAGAACAGCACCACAAUGACUCGCAGACAACGGUACAAAAUCACAGAGAUGUUUCUGAGAUUGGUGGAGAAUAAUUAUGUAAAUUGUUACAGCAUGAGCCUUUGCAUAAUACAG